AUGUGCUUAGAUAAGAUUGAAGAUUUGGACCAUGUCCUUCAGAAAUACCCAGCAGCAAUGGAAGUAUGGAAGGCAAUCCUCUCAAACUCUUAUGAGGAAUUGGAAUGCCUUUCCUUCGCAAGAUGGUUAGAUACAGGAAUCACGAAUAAAGCAAAUCCCAUCCCUCAAUUCCUCAUAAUUGCUAUCUCCCAACUUCCCAACUUCACUCGCCCAGCCCUGAAACAGAGGAGGUGGAGGAGGAAGAAGAAGAAGAUCCAACUAACACUUGUUGCUUUGCUGCUGCUUCUUCUUCUUCUUCAAUUGGCCGCGGCGGCGACGAUGGAGAUUACCGAGGUUUCUUCUUCUGAUCGAUUCAGCUUUUUAGCGAUGGGAUUGGGGGGAUCCAACUCCCCCAAAUCCAAUAAUCCUAAUACGCCUCUCCACCGCUCCCAAUCCCAACAACAUUCUCCCUCUCCUCCUCCUCCUCCUCCUCCUCCUCCUCCUCCUCCCGUUGAUCAUCACUUCACCACUCUCCAUCUCGCCACCGCCUUCAAUGCUCAGCUUAGGAAGAGGAUGCGUAGCCAACGCCGCCGCCGAUCUUCCCUCAACUUCUCUCCGCUGCGUUUCCACCACUCCUUCCACCUUCCUCACGCCUCUCCUCCUCCCCCACCCCCACCAACUGCACUGGAUUCCUCAAGAUUUAGAUUUCUCUUUGACAAGGAGCUUAAGAACAGUGAUGUUGGUCCUCUUAGGAGAAUCGUCAUACCAAAGAAACCCGCAGAAGACUAUCUUCCUAAACUUCUUGUAAAGGAAGGGUUUCCAAUCAGUAUGGAGGACAUGGAUGGUCUGCACGUUUGGCAUUUCAAGUUCAGAUACUGGCCUAACAACAGCAGCCGCAUGUAUGUGCUAGAAAAUACGGGUGGAUUUGUCCAUGAACAUAGUCUGGGGCUUGGAGACUAUGUUGCAUUCUACAUUGAUGAGCAAAAACAGAACUACGUGAUUGAAGCGAGAAAAGCUGGGGAUCGAGGAGCGUGCAAAGCUGCAGAGGUUUUAACAGAUUAUGGACAGAAUGAUGAUGUUGACGGUGGUGUAAUCCAAAACCAAGGCGAUGCAUCAUGCUACUAUCCUCAUCAGAGCUUCCCGAGAGUGGAUGACAUGGAAACGACAUCGUUUGUUUAUGAUACCACCUUCUCGAAUGAAUCAUCUCCCUUUGAUUUUAUGGGGGGCUCAAUCACCAACUACUCGACUAUUGAUCCAUGGUCGAGCUUCGGAUCCAUUGAGAGUUUGUCUAUUGAUGAUUUCUAUUCGGCCGCGAAGUAGCAUCAGAAGAAAGUAUAAGACAUUUUGCAACCUCAAAUACUAUGUUUUGCAAUGAAGAAAUAUGUGCUACUUUGAGACAAUGGGUCUCUUGUAACAGUUUUUUUUUUUCCUUUUUUUUUUGGGUGGGAGAGCAGGUUUGAGUUUGGGUUUGCACUUGUUUGAUACUACCUGGCCUGCAAGUAUAUAUAUGUAAUAAGAAAGCACUUCUGUUCUGGGAGCAUGUAUUUUGUUAAAGCUAGAUAUUUUAAUUCUUAAAACGUGAUGUCAAGAGUCAAGAAUAUAAUUUCUUUUUGAUGGAUAGUUGCAAAACUUGAAUAAUGAACCAAAUACAAGGUGACAAGUUCAAGGACUUUCAACUUUGCCCUUGUGAUGAU